CAUGAUCGUAAAAUAACUGACUUUACAAUUUCAUAUAAUAUCUAUUCAGUCGUUGCUGAUAGGAGUAUUAAAUUAACCUUUUUGCUGUGUGCUUUUUAAUAUAGAACAAAUAUGUGUGACAGGAAGUGCAAGAAGUGUGUUUUUUUGCCUAUAAUGCGUGUGCAAUUUCAAUUAACUUGAUUACUUUUAAUUUGUGUGCGCUGCACUUUUAAGUCUAUUCUAUCUACAUAUCUAUAUCCCAACAUUUCAACAUGAGUGACGAUGCACAGGAGCCUACAUCUUCCUCAUCAACGCCGCCACCGCGACGAAGUGAUAAUAUUCCUGCCAAACUUAUACAACAUUUCAAAGCAAACAAAAUCAAUGGAGCAAUGUGGGCAACACGCGUCUUAACCAUUUUGUUCACAGUGGCCUACGUUUUGCCAAUAUUUGGCAAUCAACAAAGUGCUUUCAAUAAAGUUUUAUUAUCUAAUGCAGCCACAUCCGCGUUACGUCUUCAUCAGCGGUUACCAACAUUUACAUUUUCGCGUGAAUUUUUGGGACGCUUAUUUGUUGAAGAUUCUUGUCACUACCUCAUGUAUUCUUUAAUAUUUUUUAAUGUUCAACCAACAUUACUUAUCCUUAUACCAAUUGUGCUUUUUGCAGUGCUGCACGCAGCAAGUUUUUUACAAAAUUUAUUAGAUAUUAUUGGACAAAAUUCAUGGUGGGGUGCCCGCUUGCUUAUAUCAUUAGUGGAGUUUCAAGCUGUCAACAUCUUAAAAGCUGCUGCAUUUUCUGAAAUUUUCUUGAUGCCUCUUGCCGCUGUUCUAACAUUUAUGGGAAAAGCUGGUCUUAUUACACCUCUUGUCUACUACCACUUUUUGGUUAUGCGCUACAGUUCACGCCGCAAUCCUUACACACGGAAUGCAUUUACUGAAUUACGAAUGACUACUGAAGCUCUGGCCUACAAAUCACCACAAUUUAUUGCAAAAAUAUUGCGUGCACUGAUUGCAGUCGUCAAUCGUCUGGCCCCACAACCGCAGCCAGCAGCAUCACAAUAAACUUUUACUAAUAACAUCACAUUUUUAUACUCUAUAAAAACACAUGCUGAAGAAACAAUCAAAAAACACUUGAUGACCAGUUUUGAUAGAAGUCAUUUAACGAUCACAAACGAUCUUACAAAAUUGAGGGGACCCUAUUUGUUGGAGUAUCCUGCUCUUUGUAUUUUUAAAAUUAUAUUAUUUAAUAGUUGUUUUCUUUCAAGUUAAGAUGCGUGGUAGAUUUGAAUAAUUUCUUUUAUAAUAGAAUUAUAGAUAUACGAUUAAGUAUAAGAGGUAUUUAUGAUAUUUUCUAAUUGUUUUUCUUAGUUAAUUUUGAUUUCAGAAAAUUUUAUGUUUAAAUAUCACAAAUCGUUAUUAAGAAUUAAAUCAUUGCGCUGAAAAAUGUAAAUUAAUAAAUGUAUGACUAUUUUGUCAUGGGUAACAGUUAAUUUAUAAUUAUUAA